AUGUUUAAAAGAAAAGAUCAAUUAAUUGAUUUAAUUGAAAAUUUUUCAAUACUUUCAAAUUGUCAACAAGUAAAAAAUAUAUUGUUAUUAAAAUUAAAAAAUCAAGUAACCAACGAAAAUGAAAUUAAAAUUAUAAAAAAUUUAUUAAACCUAUUGAAAGUACCAGAAAAGUUUUUGAGAAAUGAUCCAAAGAUCAGAUUCAAUUUUAUCUCUUCUCCCAGUGAAGACCAUGAUAUAUUUGUUCCAUUACAUUUAAAUAUUGAUACAUUAUAUUCAUUGGUUCAAGAUGAGAGCCAAAGUGAGUUUCUAAAGGUUCAUGGUUUAAAAGAUUCAAUCAAAUUAAUUAUUAAAGAGUUUUAUCAUUUUAUUCAAGAUUUGGUAUCAAAAGUUAAACUAUUUAAUGGAAAUGAGUUGGCUUUGGAUCUAUUAGAAGAGAAACCAUUGGUAUUUUCAGAGUUUCAAUCAAUAAGAUCAAUUGAUUUAGGACAAGCAUUCACACUGGCCUCCUACGAUCCAAAAGAGUACUAUUUUAUAAGAAAGAAUCAAAGUGGUAAUAGCAUUGGCAGUUCUCAUAAAGGUGUAUAUUUCAAAGUAGAUUCCGGUAACACAUGUUUAAAACCAGCUAGAGAAAAUGCAGUAUUUCAAUUUUAUUUAAAUUUAUUCCAAGAUGAUGGUUUUAUUUCUCCAAGUAGUUUGCUUUUUAUUGACCAAAUCCCAAUAUUACCACCCGAUAGUGGUGAAUGUAAAGAAAGAGAAGAAUUAAUGAAGAAAAAGAAUGAGUUUAAUCUAAGUUCAUCUCAAGAGGUUUUAAAAAGAUUUCCCGACUUGGAAAGAAAAAUUUUAAAUUUAUCAGUAAAGAAAAGAAUAUCGAUUCAAGCUUCAUUAUUGGUAGAUGGUGUAACAUUAGAAGAGUUUAUGAAAAGUUCACUGGAUGAAGAUACAUUCAAUGAAAAUAUCUCAAAUAUUGAUAUGGAAAGUUUUUCAGCCCACAUACUAUCAAGUCUUUUAUUAAUUCCAUCCGACUACAAGAGUGAUAAUAUUAUUAUUGAAAAAGGUACAAAUAGAAUUGUUGGUAUUGAUAAUGAUUUGGUAAUGGAGUGCGAUGAAAUCGAAAGAGAAAAUGAUGGCAAGUAUUUUAUUAGAACUAAAAACAUGUUAUAUCUUUUACCACAAAUGCAAGAGCCAGUUCAUUCAAGUAUAAGAGAAAAGUUUUUGAAGCAUAAUCCACAAAUCUUUGUUUUAAAAUGGUUAAUGCAAUUAUUGGAAAAAGAAAAAGAUUAUUUGGUUUUGGUAAAUUCAGUGCUAUCUCAUCAUCCCAAUCAAAAUAUGGAAAAAGCCGAAAAGAAUUUAAAUGAAUCAUUAAUGUUCCCAUUAUGCUUUUUACCUGAGUGGAUAUCUAAAAUGAUUGAUCGUUUUGCCGAAAUUCAAGAUCAUUUAGAACAAAACCAAUCUAUAACCCAUAACGAAUUACUCAAAAUUAUUCAUCCCUAUUCAUCAUAUUAUUUCGAUGCAUUGUCAAAGCAUUAUCAAAAUCCAUUCAAAAAGUUGCUAUCAAUUUAUAAUCGUGAAUUUGAUUUUAUUAGAUUAUUAAAUAAAUAUCCACCUGAUAUAGACGAAGCCGAUUUGCAUCAAAUGUAUAACCAACUAUCAUCAUUCGCCAAAGCAAAUUACGAACCAAAUGUUACAAUUUUAAGUAGUAUCAAAAAUAUUUUAUUUCAAACCAACAUUUCAAAAUUCUUUGGUAAAGAUCUAUUGGAAUUGGUAGAAAUUGUAUUUGAAAUCGAAAAGCAUUAUCAUAUUCAUAAUGAUCAAUUUAAUAAAACCUGGCUUACUAGUACAAUAUUCCCAUCCAUUGUUCGUCAGGGUGCAUCGAUCGAAAUUAUUGAAAAGUUUAAAAAGAAAUUUAGAUUCUAUGGUAACGACAAUGAUGCAUCCAUUAUACAUGCAGCAAUCGAAUCAAAAAGUUCAGAAAUGUUUAAAGUUAUUUCAAUCCUAUCAAAAUGGUUUAAUUUGGAUAAUUCAAUUAACAAUUGUACACCAUUGGAUUUAGCAUGUUUAAAUAAUAAUAUAGAGUUAUUCAAAUUUUUAAUAUCAUUGGGAGCGGGUUCAAAAGCAUCUUAUGUAGUCGUUGAAAAUUUUUAUAAAUCAUUAACAAAUGAUCAAAAAUUGCUUUUAAAAGAUUCAAUCGAAUUAUUAUAUCAUAUCAAUCCAAAAUCAGCAUGGAAAUUAUCACUAAAUUAUUUAUUACCAAUGCAAACAUCAACCAAUUUUAUUAUUAAAACCGCAUCAGAAGGCACUAGAACUAUUGCAAACAGAGAUUUAUGGAAUAAUUUAUUUUAUCAAAACAAACCAAAAAAAUCAAAUAUAUAUGGUUCAAGAUCAGUUCCUUUUAUUCAAGAUGUAAACUUGGGUCAUAAAUUAUAUUUUAAAUUUGAGCCACAGUUUCCAGGUAUUGAAUUAUCAGUAACAGCAUUGGGACAACAAUUGUUUGGUUAUAUAUCACCAUUUAGCGAGUUGGCAUCGAUCAAUGAAAUUCCAGUUUUAAUUUCACAAGCAGUUAUUGGCGAGCCAUUAAAUGAUGUUUUAUUAAAAUAUCCAGAAAGAAUUAAUCAAUUAGAUCCUUCAAGUAUAUCAAAAAUGUUGGUAAUGUCAAUGUUAUGUAAUCCAGCUGAUGGAAAUUUAGGAAACUAUAUCAUUUCACCAAUACCCAAUGUUUUAAAUAAAAAAACAGAAUCAUAUAAAAUAAUAUCAAUUGAUAACGAUCAAGCUUUUAUGCCUCCAAGAUGUAAAGAAUUAAAAAGUGGUUUAUCAUUACAAGUCGAAACCGUAUUGUUCCUAUUUGAUCAAAUGAAGCACCCAAUUCAUCAAGAUGUUUAUUCAUCCAUUAAAAGUAGAGAUUUAAAUAUGGUUUUAAAGAAAUGGGUUCAACACUUGAAAGUUUAUCAACAAAAUACAAUAGAUUUGUUUUCAAAAUCAGCACACGAACGUUUAAAGAAUGAAAGGAGAACUGUACUAUCAAUAACAUUUGCAAGAGGAAUGAUAAAGAAAUUAUAUUCAAAGUUGAUUAGACUUCAAGUUGAAUUAAAUAAAUCAAAAGAUAAACCAAUUACCCAUUUGCAAUUACUAGAAAUAUUAGAGCCAAUAGUUGCAACAAGAUAUAAACUUAUUUUAGAAGAAUCGCAUUUAUCAAUUUAUGAUCGUUUUAAAAAAUUAAAAAGAUUAUCUGGUUUCAAUAAUGAUAUAGAUAUAUUACGUUUAACCACAAGUUCCAUUUAUUCAGCAGCUCAUCUAUUAGAAUCAAGAGAAAUACCCAAUAUUAAAGAUAUUGAAAAUGAUUUAUGGUCUGGUGAAUUUGGUCCUGCUCAAGUUGAGGCGGAAAUUGAUGAGAUUAGAAAAUGA